CAAGUACCAAAAAAAUCCAAAAGACAUAAAGCUAAUGAGAAGAAUGAGAUACCAUCAAGUCCAAAAACUUCUUCCAGUGAUUCAUAUAUCAAUAUUAAUAUAAACAAAAACUCAGUAGUAGUAGAUGAAAAAACUGAAGAGGUGGAAAAUAUUGAUGAACAAGUUGGGAUUGAUGAUCUUGCAAAACUUGAAGAGCAAUUAAAGAAGCAACCUUAUACUGAG